AUGGUGGCACGACCUUCCGAUUUAACGGGUAAUUUCCAGAUGUACAAGCAAGUGGUGGUUCAUAUCUUAAAUUUACAGAAAGAGAACUUCAGGGAGCUAUCGGCAACAGAAACGACGUUUCGAGAGACGGCGACAAAAGUCUGUUUGGAACUGCUGUCGCACUUGCACAAGGUGAAUAAGGCGAUUCGGAAGAUCCCGUUCGACAACUUCUAUAUCGAUCAGCUGGCAGACAGCAUCGACAUCAGAACCGACUACGUCCGGUGGAUUCAGAAUAAGAAUGACUCGCGUUUUUCGUUUUGCAACUACCCUUUUGUUUUUAACGCGGCUGUCAAGACAACACUGCUGCAGACUGACGUCGCCGUGCAGAUGCAGAUCCUUAUUGAAGAGACCAAUCGUUUCAAUUUCCACUCGCUGUUCAUUCCGCGCCUACCUCAGCGCAGUCCGUUCCUAAAUCUGCACGUGACGCGGAGUAAUCUUGUCCAAGACACGAUCAGCCAGCUUGAAAUGGUCAGUCCUUUGGAUCUGAAGAAGCCGAUUAAGGUAAACACAGAUUUUCUUAUAGUAUCAUUCGAUGGCGAAGAAGCAGAUGAUGUCGGUGGAGUGUCGAAGGAGUUUUUCAUGCUACUGUUUCAAGAACUGUUGAAUCCGAAAUACGGCAUGUUUGUAGAAAACGUUGAAUCUCGGAAACUUUGGUUUUCUGAUAUUCCUUUCGAGGGACCGCAAAUGUUCCAGCUGGUUGGAAUACUGUGUGGACUGGCAAUCUACAACAGCGUGAUCGUCGCGUUGCCAUUUCCUCUGGCGAUGUACAAGAAACUGUUGAAAGAGGACGUGAACCUAGACGACCUUAAGGAACUAAGUCCAACGGAAGGAAGGUCUCUUGAGGCGUUGCUCGACUACGAGGAAGACGACUUUACGGAUGUGUUCAGUCUGUCAUUUGAAAUCACGAUUUCAGCGUUUGGCACGACUCAGAACGUCGAAUUGAAAGACGGCGGUUCGCAGAUCGCCGUUACCAAGCAGAACCGCCAGGAGUACGUCGAUCUCUACAUCGACUACAAGCUGAACAAGGCAAACUGUAUGCAUUUUGAGGCGUUCGCGAACGGCUUUCACAGGGUGGUAACCAGCCAUAUCCUGAGCUUCUUCCAGCCGCAGGAGCUCAUGGAAAUGGUAGUCGGCAACGAGGUGUACGACUGGGACGAGUUUGAACGGAACACCCAGUACCAAGGCGAAUACUGGCAUAAUCACCCGGUUAUUAAAGUAUUCUGGGAGGUUUUCCAUUCACUGAACCUGGAACAGAAAAGAAAAUUUCUGCUCUUUCUUACCGGCAACGAUCGCGUUCCUAUCUUAGGCAUGAAGAAUAUAAAGUUCUUUUUUGUUAAAAUUCGCCUUUCACAGAUACACAUCCAGCCUACACAAGGUGGCGAAGACUAUUACCCUGUUGCUCACACCUGCUUCAAUUUGCUUGAUCUGCCAAAAUCUACAAAUAAAGAAAAGAUGAAACAAAAGCUGUUAGAAGCGAUUGAAAAUACGCAGGGUUUUACUCUUGUAUGA